UUGUGAGCUGCCAUGUGGGUGUGCGUGUUGGGAAUUAAACCCUGGUCCUCUGGAAGGGCAUUCAGUGUUCAGUGCUCUUAACCUGAGCCAUCUCAGCCCAGAGGAGGGUCUGUUUUAUAGAAAGGAAAGGCAACAGAAAAAACAGGAUUUGAACCAGCCCGCUGAGACUUCGGUUACAAGCAACAUUAAUUUUUUUCCUGUAAGUAAAUAUGUUGUUCCAGGCUUCUGUCUAGGCAUUUAAGAGUCUAAGAUAUGAAAGACUUAACACUGGAUAACUAAAUGGAAAUGCCAUUGACCAGGAAAAUAAUGGGUGGAGUUCUUGUUAAAUAUAUCUUUUGAUAUUAAACUUCAAGAAAGGGGUCCCAGGAUAGGGUGUUUACCUAGCACUAGGCCCUGGUUCAAUUCCAGCACUGCAACUCAAGUUUGGUUGUACAUGCCAAUAUAUACUUGGGAGAUAAAGGCUGGAGAAGUGGGAUAUCUUACUGCAUAACAAACUGGUAUGAAUAUAUACUUUUGUAAGAUUGAGCUAAUUCUUUGUAUUAAUAACUAAGUCUUAAGUAGAUGGAUAAACCAAAUCUUCAUUUCUAUUUUGGUUGUUUGGCUCUCAUUUUAGUCAAGUUACAUGGUUUUAGUCAGUUUUAAGCUAUUUGGUAAGUUUUUACAUAGAACUUUCUCAGAAACUGGUUUGUCAUGAAGAUGUAUGUUUGUUGUCAAGAGAUGAGAUGCCCUUGGAAGGAGUGCAAAUGUGCAUACAUGCAAAAGAAAUAGUCAGAGGCAACUGGCGUGAUACACAUUUUCUUAUUUGUACCCCAUGGUAUUUAAGUGGUACAAGAGCCAGGGAUUUCUGUGAACUAUAGUCCACCGUGGGUUAUGAAAUGCAAAUGUGUCUCAUAAAACAGCAGUGCCAUAUACUUGAGUUAUUUAUGAGCCAAAGUAAGGACUGUUAGAAACCUUGUUCUUUUCCCUUUAGUUUUUCUAUGCUUCAAAACAUCUUUCUGGUUAAUCAGAAUAAGUGAAGAUGGUAGUCAAAAUUGGGAGAAGGUGUAAUUUUACUAUUUGUUGUGUCUUGAUUUCUGGCAUAUGUGCUGUCAUUUGAGUUCAGAUGGUGUGUACAGUUAUUUUGGCCUGGGAUACUUUGCUUCAGCAGUGCCUGAAUUUCUUAAUGUGGCUUAUUGAAAGUUAAUUUUAAGAUCAGUAAGAGCCUUCAGCCUAUAAAAUAGUGGAAAAUGAAUAUUUAGGUGGGGGGAUUGCAGUUUAUGUUGGAAUUACCUAUUUAUAUUAAAAUUAGGGACUAGAGUGGAACACGAAAGGGGAGGAGGGUAAAGAGUAUGGUUAAAAACUUUAGAGAAAUUCAGUAAAUUCUGUUAGACUACACUUUUGAACAUUUUUAAAUACUAUAAAAUUUGGGUUUUUUUAAUUUAUUUUUAAAUAAACUAGUUAUUUGCACUUUACCUGCUGGCCUUCCCAUUUGGUAGAUAACAUUCUGAACUCCAGCAGAGUUUUAUAAUCCCCACGUGCUUAAAUAUACUAAAUGUUCUUUUUCCAUUAAGGUUAAUGUUCGUGAAGAAAUUGAAGAGUUUUUUCCAAGAAUGUGGAAGAUAAAUCAAGAUAAAAGAAGGCUAAUGAAAAGUAUUAAAGAUCAGAAAAUUAAAAUUGAAUGGGGGAAAAAAUUGAACAGAAGAUUGGUCAGAUAGAAGCACUUGAAUAUUUUUUUUAAGGCUAUUUUGAAUUGUUUGAAUUGGGGAAGAAUACACGAAGUAUGAAAAAUGAAAAACUCAAUGAAGAAUGAAGAGAAGUAGAAAGCAAGAGUGAAGUAGAAUUAAAAGAAUCUGGAAGAAUGAAUGGGUCCUAGGUUAAGUAAAUGAGUCUCGCUCUCAGUCAAAAUCUCCAACGGGAACUCCUGCUCGUGUAAAAUCAGAGAGCAGGUCAGGAUCUCGUAGUCCAUCAAGGGUUUCCAAACAUUCUGAAUCCCAUUCUCGAUCAAGAUCAAAAUCCAGGUCGAGGUCACGGAGGCAUUCUCAUAGACGCUACACGCGAUCCAGGUCGCACUCUCACAGAAGACGGUCUCGAAGUAGGUCCUAUACACCAGAGUACAGGCGGAGGAGGAGCCGGAGCCACUCCCCCAUGUCAAACCGCAGAAGGCACACUGGUAGCAGGGCAAACCCAGAUCCUAACACUUGCCUGGGAGUAUUUGGCCUCAGUCUGUAUACAACAGAGAGAGAUCUUCGUGAAGUUUUUUCUCGAUAUGGACCUCUGAGUGGUGUUAAUGUGGUUUAUGAUCAGCGAACUGGGAGGUCACGCGGGUUUGCUUUUGUGUAUUUUGAGAGGAUAGAUGACUCUAAGGAGGCUAUGGAAAGAGCAAAUGGGAUGGAGCUGGAUGGUAGAAGAAUUCGUGUGGAUUAUUCUAUCACCAAGAGAGCGCACACACCUACACCAGGCAUUUACAUGGGCAGACCAACUCACAGUGGUGGUGGAGGUGGCGGAGGAGGAGGUGGUGGCGGCGGUGGUGGUGGAGGUGGUAGACGGCGAGAUUCUUACUACGAUAGAGGAUAUGAUCGAGGCUAUGACAGAUAUGAAGAUUAUGAUUACCGGUACAGAAGAAGGUCGCCUUCUCCUUACUACAGUCGCUACAGGUCACGAUCAAGAUCCCGUUCCUAUAGCCCAAGACGCUAUUGAUACCGGAGCGAUUGUGCCCAGGACUUUGCUUCCUCUUUUUGGUUUUUGGAUUUCCAAGCUUCCAAUGCUUCCUUUUAAAAACAAAAACAAAAACAAAAAAACCUGGUUUAUUUAACCUCUGCGUGGCCAGUUGUGUUGCUGUUCUUCACCCUUUGUUAUACUCUUAAAGGUGUAGUUGUCUUUUCAGUAGUUGAACAUCUCGAGUAAAGGAGCACCGUGUUGUGCUUUGUGGUUCUUCUUUGCCUUACAGAGGAGUAACUUCUUACGAUGAGGAAAGAAACCAUCUUUUGAAAGCUUUUUCUGAUGGACAUUGUAGUAGACAUUAGAAAUCUGUGGUAUGACAAACUGCUUUUUAAUCUUCUUUGGCAGAAGAUAACACUUUGGAUAGGUCAGUCAUGUCAGGCUUGUCUGGAGUGGCAUGGAGCAGUUGAAUAGUUGAGUGUAGAAAGUUUGAAGCUCUAGGAGAAAAUAUGGGACAUUUCUUUUGAAGAAUAUAACUUUGAACGUAAAAAUUAAGUCACCUUUUAGAAAUUAAAAGCUUGUAAUUCCUAUAAGACAUGUUGUAUUUGAAUUUACAUGUUAAACCUUAUAAACUUAAAGUGUGAUUUUUAUGUUAAGUUUACGGAAACUUAAGUAUUCCCUUAAUCACUGAAGGACAACCUUUAUUUAUUACCUAGAACAAUUGUAUAACUUGCUGUUAGAAAUUUUGGUAUUGGGACAUUGGUUACAUGGGUUAUUGUAUAGGAUCCUAAAUAAUACAUGUGGGGAAGAGUAAUUUCAAAUAAAAGUUAAUUUGAAAAUGG